ACAGAGAGGAGGAGAGAGAAAACAGGAGAGCGGGGGAGAGACGGAGCAACGCUAUUGGCUGACUUUUAUAACACCAACCGUGGUUGAAAUUUUUCUCUCGCAGUCUAAGAAAUAGAGGAAAGAGACAGCCACAGGCGGCAGACUCAGGAAAUGCACUCAAAAUCUCUGGAAGGGGGUUUGAGAGAGAGCGGCUUCAGGUAGAGAGACAGCACAAACAGGGAGAUGCGAACAGAGACUGGUAUCAAUAAGUCAUGACUUCUGAGGGAUUUGGACAUGUCUUACUUCUCAACAGGAGUGUUUUCAAAAUCAGCAUAACUGCGUACUAUGAACAUGGGUUCUGGUUAAAUUUCUCCCCAUCUUCCCCUACUUUUUAAUUGUUUUUUGUUUUUUUUCCCUGUCAGAAGUGAAACAUUUUCUGGCACAUUGGAGAAGAUCUGCUUUGAAGACUCCUCUUUGACGGGAGAAAUCUGAGGAAUGCAUCUGAGGCGUAGAUAUAGGGCAGACAGUACUGACAUGGUGCCAACCCAAACUGAUAGAAACAAGGGCAGAGUGGACUGUUCAGAGGCAAAAACGACUCCUACCAGACACAGGUAUUCUCUACUUGAUGUUAAGGUCAGUUAAGACAUCCAUCCAUCCUUAGAUCGUGCAUUUGUUGAUCCUCAAAGUCUUACAUUUUCGUAAUUCCAAACUUAUCUGUGCUGUCUUGAUCUUGCUUUGGUAAAUCACUCAAUCAACAGUGAAUCUGGGUUUUCACAGUUAGCCUACUUAGUUAUUAAAGCAAUAUGUUCAAUUUAAGUUAAGAAUAAUAAAAGUUCAACAGCUUAUUGAUGAAAUAAACUGGGUACCAACUAUAGAUGUCUACAAAGGUGUUACAUAUAAGCUGAAAUAACAUGCCAUUAAUGAUGUUUUAGACUAAACUGUAAGCCAUAAACCUAACUACUAAACUAACAUAAAGCCAUAACCAUCCUAGACAAUAUUCCUGUUGGUAUCUUGUUUUUUUACUGCUCUUAAUAUCAACAAGAAUCCUGUGCUUCUGCUCUCAGCGUGUCCAUCAGACACUCUUACCUUCAGAGACAAAUGUGUGGGUUUCGUCUCAGGAGAAACUCCUUUGGGGAGGAGGAGACAGACAUUUUGCCUGUCAGAGAUUGAAAAAGAGGAGCACUGGGGGCACAACAACAGACAACUGGCCGAGAACAUAUUUCCUCAGAGCUUCCCUUACCCCAGCGAGACGACUGACGUUUUGCUGUCAGCUACACAAAAGGAGAAAUAGUGGAAGCAGCACAGCUGCAGCUCGAGCUCACUAUUGAUUGUUACUUUAAGUGAUUGCUCUACCUACCAGGACUGUAUAGAGUCUGCUUGCACCUGAAGUGGAAACCGACAAUAAGCCCUACUCAGGUAGAAGAGGGAGGGGAAGCUACCAGUAGCUUAAAAUCGAUAUUAUUAGAGCAGGCAGGAAGUUCUACUUCCUUUUCACCGGUCAUCAGGCUGGCUGGUGCAGCCAUGGCGUUCACCUUCGCGGCCUUCUGCUACAUGCUCACCCUGGUACUGUGCGCCGGGCUCAUCUUCUUUGUCAUAUGGCAGAUUAUUGCCUUUGAUGAACUCCGCACAGACUUCAAAAACCCCAUUGAUCAGAGCAAUCCCACCAGAGCGAGAGAAAGGAUCUUAAACAUCGAACGGAUCUGCAACCUUCUCCGCAAAUUGGUGGUACCAGAGUACUCCAUCCACGGCCUUUUCUGCCUGAUGUUCAUGUGUGCUGGAGAGUGGGUCACGCUUGGCCUAAAUAUCCCGCUGCUCUUCUACCAUCUGUGGAGGUUUUUUCAUCGGCCAGCCGACGGAUCAGAAGUGAUGUACGAUCCCGUCAGCGUGAUGAAUGCUGACAUUCUUAACUACUGUCAGAAGGAGUCCUGGUGUAAGCUGGGCUUCUACUUGCUCUCCUUCUUCUAUUACCUGUACAGUAUGGUCUACGCCUUGGUGAGCUUCUAACAGGUGAUGUAAUGAUCUAACUGGAAGGACCUAUUUGAUACCCAAAACCAUCGGAGGCAAGCCUUUCUUCUUUUCACGUUUUCUGACUUUUGUGGCUAUCUUUUGGACAAAACAAAAAGACAGAUCAGACUCAAUGCGUUACUUAGGACCUUGUUUAGCCCAUCAUCCCUUAAACCACUGUCAGGCGCCUGGAGAGAAAAAAAAAAAAAAAAAAACAGCUCCCAAAGACUGAAAAGAAACAAGAAGGGAUAUUGAGAUGCCUUUGACCCAAUACAUGAUUUACCAAUAUUAAUGAAGGGCUGGAUUUCUCCGCGAUGCUCUUACUGAUCCAGCCGCCCAACUCACUGUGAAUCUCCAAACACUUAGGGGCUGGAAAAGAAAAGAACAUGUCUGUAAUCUUUGACUUGAAAAAUUUACUAAAAGCAGGAUUGUUUUGAUUUGAGUCAUUUUAAUUCAGACACUGGUUAUGUCGAACAAUCACGCUAAUUAUGUGGAAGGUGCAUUUCUCUUUAUGAAAAGGCUGAAACCGGAGAGCUUAUGCCCAGGCACUGUAAUGAGCUGCAAAGACCUACUAAGCUUGCUCAGCUCUGACUAAACUAUAAACUAUAAGGUGAUUAAAGGUAAAUAUAAUAAAGGUACAAAUUUAACCCAGUUUCACAAAAA